AUGCCGACGAGAACACUGAUACUCCUAGCUUGUCUAGUGUCGCUGGCGGCACCAAUCGCAGCCGUCGAUUCAAAAUCAGACACCUCCGGCGAAUGGCACGUCCUCACAAAGCACAACUUCUCCUCCCAGAUCCGUCUCCAUCCUCACAUCCUCCUCCUCGUCGCUCUUCCAUGGUCCGGCGAGUGUCGAUCACUCAUGAGACACGUGGCGAAGCUCGUCACCGAUAGACCUGAAGACUUCAGCUCGCUGAAGCUGAUGGUGUUGCAUAGAAACACGGAGAAGAUGGUGGCCACGGCGAUCGGUGCUGCUUCGGAAUGGGAGGAAAUUACAGUUUUGUACUAUCGCAAUUCUGUUUCGUACAAAUACGGAGGGAGGCUUCGAGCAAACAACAUUUUGAGCUCAAUUCGUCCUUAUUUGUCAUUUUUAGAUGAGGAGCUUCCAUUCAAAUGGCUGAAGAGUCCGGAGGAGUUGAAGGCUUUCGUCGAUUCGACUGACAGAGCUUUGGUUCUGUUUGAGUUUUGUGGCUGGACUCCGAAAUUGAUGGCCAGGAGGAAGAUGAAUGGCACUGAUCACAGUGGUUUUGGGGAGUUUUUUGGUUUGAAGUUGAAUGCGGAGACAAAUAGAACCGACUGGUGGAAGAAUAACCAGAAGGGUACGGAAACUGCAAAAGUGAAGUGUGAUGUUGAUAAUGCGGUUGGUGCAGUUCCCUGGAUUGGAGAUUUCAGCUCAGUAAAUGAUAGUGCUGCUUUGGAGGAGACUGAGAAAACUAGGCAUGAUGGUGCAUCGUUCUGCACGCUUAAAGAAUAUCAGUUGUUUGACUCUUUCUUCUCAAAGUUCAUGACUACUGCGAGAGACUUCUUCCUGCCUUCUGAAAGGCAUAAAUUUGGUGUGGUCUCAGAAAGAUCAAUGCUCUCAGCUCUUGGUAUUGGAGAUUCCAGUUCGUGGUUGGCAGUGUUAUACUUUGCUGGAUGCCCCAGUUGUUCGAAGAUUAUCAAUAAAGAGGGUGAACUUAAUAAUGCUUUAAAGAUGGAUAAUUCAGUUGUUAAGGAGCUCGAGGGUGAUAGCAAUGCUUUGGAGCCAGCUUUGCCUGCAGACCAGCCAUCAGUUCUCUUAUUUGUGGAUAGAUCAUCUGACUUGUUAGAGACUAAAAUAAACGGGAAGGAAGCGCUUGAUGCUCUUCGAGAGUUGGCACUGCACCAUCACAUGUCUCAACAGAAAGGCAGUCAUAGUUGGGACAUGCAUGAGAAAUUCUCUGUCCAAGAUAAUCAAGCAUUAAGAAUUACAUCCGGACAUCCUAAAGUAAAACUAUCUCAGACUGCUCAGAUUAGCAAACAAAAGGACAAAAGGUCUACUUUCACUAUAUUAAGUGAGGGCAAACAAGUCACUGUGGAGAAGAUGGCUUUGGAUCUAAAGGGUAAUUCCUUGCAGGAUAUCUUGGAAAUGGUACUUAAGCAAAACAAGAAAUCUAAAUUAAGCUCACUAGUGAAGGAGUUGGGUUUCCAACUUUUGUCAGAUGAUAUGGACAUCAAACCAGCAAAUACGUUGCCAGAACAAAAAGAAACUGAAUCUGAUCUAGUUACAGAAGAGCCAUCUAAGGAGGGCCUUGCUACACGUAGUAUCGACUCAGACAGAGAUCAACUGCUGGAUGCAACGAUUAUAUCUACUGAACAGCAUCCUGAAACAUCUACUGAAAAGCAUCCUGAAACGUCAUCUCAUAACAAUGAAGAUAAAACAGUUUAUGUUGAUACAAGCAAUCAAAUGUCAUCUAUAGAUAGUGAACAACAUCUUGCAAAUCAUAAACAUGGAGAUUUCUCUGAAGAAGAUUCACUGGGCGAAAAGUUUGCAGAGCAGGAGCUUCCAUUUCAAGGCUUUAAGGGAUCAUUUUUCUUUUCUGAUGGUAAUUAUCGGUUACUUCAAGCGCUGACUGGUAGGCCAAAAGUUCCAUCCCUGGUAAUAGUUGAUCCCAAAAUGCAGCAGCAUUAUGUCUUCGCGGAGGGGACUAAUUUCAAUUAUUCAUCACUGGUUGAUUUUAUUUCUGCCUUUCUUAAUGGAAGUCUUCUUCCAUAUCAACAGUCUGAAACUGUACUUAAAAACUCUAGGAAAGCCACUCAACCACCAUUUGUUAAUCUGGACUUCCGUCAGGUGGAUUCUAUCCCUCGAGUGACAACUAACACUUUCUCUGAGCUGGUUGUUGGGUUCAAUCAAUCUGACAGUGAUGCUUGGAAUAAGGAUGUCUUGGUUCUUUUUAGCAAUAGAUGGUGUGGGUUUUGCCAGCGAAUGGAGUUGGUUUUUCAUGAAGUAUACCGAGCUAUGAAGGGUUAUGCCAAGAUGCUGAAAAGUGAAUCAAAGAAUGAGAAAUCAAUGUUUCAAAAUGGCAAUUUGAAGAAUGAAUUGCUUAAGCUGCCAUUGAUGUACUUACUGGAUUGCACAUCAAAUGAUUGCAAUUUGAUACUGAAAUCAAUGAAUCAGAGGGAGGUAUAUCCUAUUCUGGUGCUCUUUCCAGCAGAAAAGAAGCAUGCUCUUCCUUAUGAAGGAGAUAUGGCAGUGACUGAGGUUUUCAAGUUCAUGGCUGAUCAUGGAAGUAACAAUCAUCAUCUUGUCAGUGAAAAAGGGAUCUUGUGGACUGUAGCUGAAAAGGGACGAAGAAAUCAAGAUUUCUUUUCAGUUCAGUCAUACGACAUUCAUGAGCAGUCUAGGGACUCACUUCAUGAAGUCCUAUUAACAAAUGUGCAUAAACCAUUUAUUGAAGACAAGCUGGUCAAGUCUCAAAUAAGCCAAACCUUGCAUGAAGCACCCCCAAAUGUGGUGGUCGGUUCCAUCCUAGUUGCUACUGAUAAACUUCUUGGCGUGCAUCCCUUUGAUAAAUCAGAGAUUCUCAUUCUGAAGGCAGAUCAAGUUAAUGGAUUUCAAGGUUUAAUUAUCAACAAGCAUAUCAGAUGGGAUGCUCUGCCUGAAUUGGGAGAAGAAGUUAAGAUAUUAGCAGAAGCCCCUUUGUCCUUUGGAGGACCGCUUAUAAAGGGUGGAAUGCCUCUCGUCGCGUUAACUCAAAAAUUUGUCAAGCAUGAAUAUCCGGAAAUCUUACCAGGCAUUGCAUUCCUUGAUCCAUCAGCAACAAUUCAAAAAAUCAAAGAGCUCAAGUUAGGAAAUCAACCGGUCGCUGACUACUGGUUUUUCUUUGGGUAUUCGAGUUGGGGUUGGGACCAGCUCUUUGAUGAGAUUGAUCAAGGAGCUUGGAAUUUAAGUGAUGACGGUAUGCAACAUUUAAAUUGGCCAUCUAGUUAGGUAUUUCUUUCUUAUAACAUGAUAGAGCUUUUGGAGCAUUGCAAGAAGGAACUCCGGGAGAAACUAUAAGCAAAUACAAAGGAGAAUACAGGGAAUAUAGGUCAGCACACAAAACCAUUUGAUCUGCUUGUAACCUUUUUGUAGUCGAUCUGUUUU